CUCAUUCAAGAUGGCCGCCCGAAAGAGAUAACAGUGAUUACACGCACAAUACGAAAGUAAUACCAGAAUAUCAUGAUCAAUUACAAGGCACUGACCUCCACAAGACCUGAUGCGGCGAGAAGUUACCCUAGCUAUUAUCCUACUGGCCUCUCUUACUUUUCUUUUUCUCCAGAUUCUAUCUUUAAAAGGAAUCGACAAUCAGAUAAUAGGAUCCUCACUUGGAAAAGUGAUUGGAUUACGCAAAAAGACUGAUGAUCUAAUGUGGAGACACCUGAAGCUUUUAUCUACUGUUGCUACUAGCGCAGAACUUGAGUUAUUUGUAAUUGAUCCUGAUGUUUUACAAGACCUUGCUGUUGAACAAAUAAGCAAUGCAGGAGCCAAUAACUCUGACUUCAUUUGGAACUUUGCUCCCAGGAUGUUUUCAAAUUGCAGACAUAUUUGUGGGAGGAAACGAAUUGUGCUUGGGGCUUUUGGAAAAUCUUGGAAAUCAUCCAAGUCUGUAUUUCAAGCCACAAUGUUACAGCAGAGAGUGCAACAAAAGUGCUGCGAAAAGCAGGACCCACGCUUGCUGACCAUUGACAGGAGACAGUAUGCCACAAUAGACUUCCACUGUUCAUAUACACUUGGAAAUGUUGUUGUUGACAUUGUCUUGUUCCAUGAAUGGGGAAACUUUUUAUGGCAUGGCGCAGUUUCUGAAAGAGGGGAGGAAAUACCAAAGUCUGAAAUUGAAAUUGGAAAACGAGAAGGGGCAUUUAAUAGAUUUAGUUUAAAAAAGGAAACAUUAGAUGGCAUUGGUGUAUUCUUACCACAACAUCCCCUUCGCUUCCUUGCUGAGACGAAGCAGUCUGGUUUUGUCCGAUGCGAUGUCCAGAGGGCCAGGAAAUUCUUUGCUUACCAUGGUGAAGGGAUGACAAAAGAAGCGGCAGAGUUUACUGAUGCUGCAAGAGAGUUACUGAAGACUGCAGUGACUGCUCUUGAUGGCAUUGGUAUCAGGUUUUGGCUCAGCAGUGGAACAUGUCUCGGUUGGUUUCGCCAGUGCAGUAUUAUUCCUCACAGCAAAGAUGUGGACAUUGGGAUCUGGAUCAAGGAUUAUGAUCCUCGUCUGAUUAGUAGAUUUGAGAAGCACGGCCUUCACCUCAAGCAUAAAUUUGGAAAGGUUGAAGAUAGCCUGGAGCUUUCAUUCCAUGCAGCAAGUGGUGUCAAACUGGACAUUUUCUUUUUCUAUGAAGAAACUGACCACAUGUGGAAUGGUGGUACCAGAGCAAGGACUGGGGAGAAGUACAAGUACAUUUUCCCCAAGUUCACCCUGUGCUGGACGGUGUUCUUGUCCCUACGGGUUCGUGUUCCAUGUGAGACACAGCAGUACAUCGAGGCAAACUAUGGCUUCGACUGGGAUACCCCCGUCAAGGAAUGGAAAUGGAACAAAAGUCCGCCAAAUGUCCGGCCAAACGGAGUAUGGGGCAAGACAGAAUGGCCUGAGGUCAUUCAAACAUUCACAUGACCUCGGUAAGGCAUAGAAGGGGAUCAUAGCUUAGUAAGCCUUGGGUACAAGUUGUACAGACUUUCAGGGAGCAACGAUGACGAAUUUGCCACAUUCAGGGUGUGAUAGUGAAGUCUGGGUUAAGGUAAUCUAAGUAAAGUACACCAAAUUCUAAGUACACAAAGUUCUAAGCGUGAAGAUGUGAGGACGUAUCCAGAGAGCAUCAAGGUGGAAAAAAAAAUCUAUUUUCAAUCCAUGAGCCUAAAAGUUCAAAGUUCCUUGUUUCGUUGAAUCAUAUGAUGGCGGUUUUGAGUAUUCUGCGAACUAAGGCAGAUCAUCUUAGGUUAGAUCAAAUGAUUUUAGUUCAUAGUAACUAAACUUUUAUAUGCUCUUGAUAUUUUGAUUUCUCUUGUAUUUGCGUAAAUCCUCAAAGUCGCAGUUAUAGGGAUACCAUUUUGAAACCUCUAUUUAAGAAUAAUGUAUUUCAUUGGAACAACCGGUUACAAAUUUAAACAUAAAUUAUAUAGGUUGGCAUAAUAUUGUGAUGUUUGUAGACCAUAUUGCACGUUACCACAAAGUGUUGCAAAAAGGUGUUGGACUUUUCGUGACAUUUUGCCAGCACUGUCGCACGCAGGAUGUUUCUGUGUUUUUCAAGAGACUCCUGAUUGAACACCAUUAAUUUCAUCAAUUUUAAUUGAUGAAACAGCACAGCAACUCAAUGUUUUUAAAUAAUGUUUUAUUUAUCACAAAAGAAUUUUUCAUAAGCUAACAAGCAAUGUUUUUAGGGGAGGGGAUAUAUUUUAAAGCUUCGCAAAGUGAAUAAAUAAAUAAACCUAUUAUAGUUGUUA